AAGUAUGCCUCUGGUUCGGUUUCAGGUGCGGAAUGAGUUUGCCUUGGGCCAACCGGAGCUUUACAAGGAAGCUGACCGGGAGGAUCCUAAAGCUGUGCUCGACGGCUUCGCUGUUGCUGGCCUCGUCGGGAUCUUGCGCCAAUUAGGCGAUCUUGCUGAAUUUGCUGCAGAGGUUUUUCAUGGCUUACAAGAACAAGUGAUGACUACAGCAUCUAGAAGUCAUAAGUUGACCAUUCGUGUGCAAAAAAUUGAAGCUGCGCUUCCACCCCUUGAGAAGGCUGUUCUUUCCCAAACAAGCCACAUACACUUUGCUUACACGGCUGGUACUGAGUGGCAUCCUCGUAUUCAAAAUGAAAAGAAUCAUUUUAUCAACAAUGACUUGCCACAAUUUAUGAUGGAUUCAUACGAAGAUUGUCGUGGUCCUCCCCGUUUUCACUUGCUUGACAAGUUUGAUAUGGGUGGCCCAGGAUCUUGUCUAAAGAGAUAUUCUGAUCCUACUUUCUUUAAGAAAGCAUCAGGUAUCGAAGGAAAUGCUGACAAAGUCCAGAGGGAUAAGAAGGCUCGCAAAAGCAAGAAAAGAAGGUCAUCUCUAAGAAAUGGGGAACUAUCAUGUGCAGCAUCAAUAUGCACUCGCAGUGGCAGAAUGCAGUUUGCUUCUCCAGUUGUUAACGAGCAUGCCACAACUUCUCUAACUGCCUCUGUAUUAGACAUGGAAAUGAAAUAUGAUAUGUGGGAGCAUUCAAACUCUUUUGAUUUAGGAGCUGGGUCUAGUUUUAUUGACUGUGUUUUCGAUGUCAGUUCCUCCAUGCAGCCUGAACAACAGGAAUCCAAAGGUGCAUCAUCAAGUUUGGUGCAAAACACUGCUGAAAACCCUUCUAAAGAUUUUCUUGUUCAACAGCCUCAGGUUGUAGGUAACUUUUCAGAUAGUUCAUCACAAGAGCAGAUUGCCCAGAGUUCAUCUUGUGUUACUUGGGAUGAGAAGGCAGAAAUAGUGGAGUCCAGAGGCAGGCAUUUUGAUAUAAAUGAAGUUCCAGAGACAAACUUUGAUUUAGAUAUGCAAGACAGAGAACUUGCCAAUCUUAGACAGGUUGAUCAGAUGGAUAUCCUACUCAAUGGUACAGAUGCGCUUGAAUCAGCCUCUAUCAGGGACCUGGUUGAUGAAAUUGAAAGUGAAACAGACAAUUAUGUGGAUGCGCUCAACACUAUUGAAUCAGAAUCUGAAAUUGAUACAGAGUGCCAAACAAAACGAGAAGUGGACCACUAUUCUAGUGAUGUUAACAAUGAAAAUAGAGAAGAUGGGAUGAAUGUGCUUAAGGUGAAUAACGAUGAGCAUCAGCCAUCUGAAAUUGAAUUCGAUGCUGCAUCUAACAUUUUAUCAAACGAUGGACUGUCAAGAAGUUUAGCUGACUCAGUCACAUCUGAGAGUUUGGCUGGUGAACAGAUACCUCCGUUCUCUUGUAAGUCUUUUGAUUUAGACUACUCUCCUGACACUGGUUUAUUUGUGAAUGCUGAAAUUCUUCAAGGUUCAAAAGCACAAUCUGUCACAGGUGAUCCAUCCUCUGGUUCUAGAGUUACCAAUUUACAGGGUCAACCAUGUGAUACAAUGAUAGAGAGUGUCCAAGAGCUUCCCAAGCCUCAUCCUGACAUUCCCAGUGUUCCUUCAAUUAAGGAUGACGGUGAAAUUCUUCAAGGUUCAAAAGUAGAAUCUGUUGCAACUGAUCCAUCACCUUCUGGUUCUAGAGUUACCAAUUCUCAGGAUAAAACCUGUGAUGUGAUGGGAGCUAGUGUCUAUGAGUCUCCAAAGGCUCACCCUGAAAUUUCCAGUGUUCCUUCAGUUAAGAUAUGGACCAACGGUGGUCUUCUGGGACUUGCUCCAUCAAAACCUCCUGAUUUUUCUGUAACUAGUGCUGCAGGUUUGAAUUCUACAUCAAAAAGUGGUGACACAGUUGGUCCGCCAACUGACAUGUCAACAUCUGAGAGUGAUGGGCUGAAAGAAAAACAAGGUACAUCUGUCAGGGGUACUGAAAAUACUGGAAAGCCUUCAGGUUCCAGUACCUCCAAUGCUUCAGUUCCAUCAGCCAAUUUAGAUGCCAACAUUGAAAAACGUGAUAAUUCUCAAUGCUGCGAUAGUCCCGAUGGUGCUUAUGAUGGAGGUCCAAGUCUGAAUGCAGUUAUACCCAAUGGAAACAAGCUGCAAGUCAAUUCUACUGUCAACUCGAAAUCUUUUGAAUCUGAUCAGGGGAAAAAUGACAUGGCAAUGUUUGGACUGGGCCACAGAUUACUUGUAAAUGGCUUCCGCAGAAAUCUGUCACUUAAUAAUGACAUUGAGUCUGAACCAGCAAACUCUCAGAAAGCUUGUCUAUUGGAUCAGAAGAGUGCAGAGCAGAGCUUGUCAUAUCAAAAAAUUUUCAAAGAGCAGUUUGGAAGUAGAUCUCCUGCAAACUCACUGACUUCUUCUCCACCACUUGAGCUUAUGAAAAUAUCUUUCAAUCCUAUGGAUGGAUUUGAGACUUCUAAGCUCAAAUUGAAGUUUCCUGAUGGGAUUCAUUCCCAUGAAAGCAAUAGAGAUAUGUUUCCUUCAUUUCAGUUGGUCCCAGAACCUGUCAUUCCACUGCGUGAUGUUGCUUCAGACUCUGACGAUGAUACCUUCUGUAGAUCAUCUCCUUACUUAUCUGAUGAUUGCCUCAGCAAUUACUCUGAGUCAAACUCCGAGCAGUGGGAAUCCGGCGAAACCCCUGAACAGAGUGACCCUGACCCUGAGUUAUAUGAUGCUUUAAGCAGAAUGUCAUCUCUGGAAGCAGUUUCAAGCUCUUUGCAUGUUGGAAAAGCAGCCAACAAUGGCAUUUAUAUUAAUAGAGGAUUUAAACCUGUAGCUUCUGACAAUGGGACAGAACCUUCUAUUCCUGUUGCUUCACUUGAUCUCCCAAGUUUUGAUGCCAUCAACCAAGCAGCACCAGAAGAAACCAGUAACAACACUACUCCAAAUAACUUAUCAGAAGUGCAAAAUUCUAGGGAGCCAGAGCCCAUGCCGGUACCGCCACCCCUUCCCCCUGCACAAUGGUGGGGUUCAACACCUGGCUUGGAUAUAGCAGAUGGAAGACAGAAGACAUUAUCGGAAUCUCUCAGACAUGAGUUUGAUCUGAAACUCCUGGGUUCUACCGUCUCCCAUAUACCUAAUCCAGCCUCAUCUAAUCAACAGAAAAUUAAUGAAGAGGCAGCUGCAUUUAAGUUAGAGAACAAGCUGGAGCAGCAGAAGUCAAAUGGCCAGAGAGGAGCUAACCAGGCUGUGAACAGUAAGGCGAUGGAUGCAAUGGAUGAAAAGGAAGACUUCUUGAAUCAAAUAAGAACAAAAUCAUUUAACCUGAGACCAACAGCCACUGAAAAACCAACUGUCAAAUCAGGUCCAACUGCUAAUGUCAAAGUAACUGCAAUUUUGCAGAAAGCAAAUGCCAUCCGCCAGGCUGUUGGGAGUGAUGAUGGUGAAGAUGAUAACUGGAGUGACACAUGAUUUUCUGUAACAUGAUGGGAAGCAAAUUCUCUUUGGAUGCAAACUUAGGGGAGGCUGUUUAACUAUGUGAAUAAUCUCCGUUUUUCCUUCCUUGUAAUUAAUUUUGUAGGCCUCAUAUUUUGUAUCUUUGUGAUUAUUUGCAUUCAUUUCUUAAAUAGUUCAAUUCAUGUUAUGAACAAGAAGACAUAUUCAGGUCAGUCAUGAUGUAAACCGCAUAAAAAAUGAUUAAUGCCUAAGAAUAUGAUAGUUUUAUUAGUU